AUGCUCAGAUUUGGAGGGGGAUGCGAGAGAAGCGGGGGAGGCAGGGAAGGAGGAAGGUUGCGAAGGAUGUGUGUAGCGAACCAGAGAUGCAGAUUAUGGUGGACAGUGGGGCCGAGGACUGAUAAUGUGACUGGACGAUGACAGCGAGGGCAGCCGAACAGAGAUUCGAGGAUUUGAGCUUUAUGGUUCAUGGGGACCUUUAAAGAACAUUCGCAUCAUUUCUCACAUUUUUUAAUGCUGACAUAACAUCUUUAUUUCAUCCGCGCGGGAUUGACAAUGACAUGUUGUAUUCAUCCGCGUCAUUUUAACACAAACAUCGAUGUUUUCUUCAGUUAUUUUUCUCUUUGGCUCUCCCUUUUUUAAUGCUUUCGUUAUUAGAACUACCAUAGCAUGUAGCCUGUUUUUGCGUUCAACUCCCGAAGAGCCGAACAAGGUGCAAUAGGAAGUGAAUGUGUUGGAUGCGGUGAUUUAAAAAAACCUUCGAUUCAAGACAGCAGCUUUGGAAAAUUUAAUUGAGCACGGAAAUUAAAAUGGUAAGGAGAAUAUUACAUCCGCUUAUUCGGUCUCGGAGUCUAUUGUGCGAUUAAGAAAGAACGAAAACUGUUGACCUAAAAGCGAUCAAAUAACUGAAAAUUAUUACUCGCGCACCUAGACGUUGGUCGUUGUGAGUUUUAAGAGCUAUGCUGCAUUAAUUUUUACGCCACCCAACGCACAAGGAUAGUUGCAGCGUAUAAAAAUACAGUUGCAGAGCAGAUAGCUAUUCUAAAAUGGAGGCAUCGUGUGUUCGCUGGUUGGUGUUCUUUUGGACAGUCGCCGGCCUGUUCUUGGACACGAGCUCCGGCUCCCAUUCCGACGAUCCGAACCUCUCCGGCCACCUCUCCAUCCGCGUUCCCCUGCGGCAAGGCCUCCCCUCCGACCCACCGCCAGUGCCGCGGAAGCCCACCCGCAGGGCGUCCAGGAAACGCAGAGGAGCCCUGGGCAUUAAUUUCGUGGACAUGAUUGACAAUCUCCGUGGGAAGUCCGGACAGGGCUACUACGUGGAGAUGGCCGUGGGCACCCCGCCGCAGAAGUUGAACAUCCUGGUGGACACCGGCAGCAGCAACUUUGCCGUGGGAGCUGCCGCUCACCCUUUCCUUCGAAGAUACUACCACCGCUCGCUCUCCAGCUCCUACCGGGACCUUGGCCGGAGCGUGUACGUGCCCUACACGCAGGGCCGCUGGGAGGGCGAGCUGGGCACCGACCUGGUCUCCGUGCCCCAUGGCCCCAAUGCGUCUCUGCGUGCCAACAUCGCCGCCAUCACCCAGUCCGACCGCUUCUUCAUCAACGGCUCCAACUGGGAGGGCAUCUUGGGCCUGGCCUACGCCGAGAUCGCUCGGCUGGAACUUCAACAGAGUCAUUGCUCAGAGGGCGCUCAGAACAGUCUACAUCAUCUCAAUUCCACCUUCCAUAGAGAAAAGCCUGAUGAAACUCUGGAGCCGUUCUUUGACUCCCUGGUGCGACAGACUUCUGUGCCCGACCUGUUCUCUCUGCAGCUCUGUGGCGCUGGGUACAGUCAGAACUACAGCCUCGGCAGUGCUACUGUGGGGGGCAGCAUGAUCAUCGGGGGCGUGGACCCCUCCUUGUACGUGGGCGACCUGUGGUAUACACCUAUUCGCCGGGAGUGGUACUAUGAGGUCAUCAUUGUGCGCAUCGAAGUCAAUGGUCAGGACCUCAACAUGGACUGCAAGGAGUAUAACUACGAUAAGAGCAUUGUGGACAGCGGGACCACCAACCUGCGGCUCCCCCAUAAGGUGUUCCAGGCUGCCGUCAAGGCCAUAGAGGCGGCCUCUUCGACGGAGCAGUUCCCCUCAGGGUUCUGGUUGGGGGAACAGCUGGUAUGCUGGCAGGCUGGCACCACCCCCUGGCACAUCUUCCCCGUCAUCUCACUCUACCUGAUGAGCGAGAAUCGGAAUCAGUCUUUCCGCAUCUCCAUCCUGCCUCAGCAAUACCUGCGGCCUGUGGAGGACGUGGCGUCAGCGCAGGAGGACUGUUACAAGUUCGCCGUGUCGCAGUCCAGCACCGGCACCGUCAUGGGCGCCGUCAUCAUGGAGGGCUUCUACGUGGUCUUCGACCGGGAGAGGAAGCGCAUCGGCUUCGCCGUCAGCACCUGCCACGUGCACGACGAGUUCCGCACGGCGUCGGUGGAGGGGCCGUUCCACGGCGUGGACCUGGAGGACUGCGGCUACAACAUCCCGCAGACAGACGAGUCCACCCUCAUGACCAUCGCCUACAUCAUGGCGGGAAUCUGCGCCCUCUUCAUGCUGCCGCUGUGCCUCAUGGUCUGCCAGUGGCGCUUCACGCGCUGCCUCCGGUCACCGGGGGGCGGUGACUUCGCCGACGACAUCUCCCUCCUCAAGUGAGAGAGGGGGCGGGCGGGAGGAAGCAGGCCGCACGGGAUUUACACGUGGCGGUUGGAGGUUGCUCCCCCCCCCCCCCCAGCUGCCCUGGCCGUGCCUGCGGGGGUGAGGGCGCGGGUAACUCUAGCGGCUCUUUCGCCUGUUGGCGGGAAGGAGGCCAUGUGUAUAGCUAAGUGUUGCUCAGAGUCUGCUGACAGGCCGGGACACCAGCGUCAGCCGGGCUCCCGCGGGGCCCUGAGCAAAGCCUCCCGCAUUCACUGGACCCGCAGCCCGCGAGCCAACAAACAGCUAGCGGCAUGUGUGCAGGGAGUGUGUCCCGGAGGGGUGUGUGUGUGUGUGUGUGUGUGCGUGUGUGUGCGUGUGUGUGUGUGUGUGUGCGUGUGUGUGUGUGCAUGUGUGCGUGCGUGUGUGUGUGUGAGUGCGUGCUUACAGGUGUGUAUGUAUGUGUGUGUGUGUGUGUGUGUGUGGUUACUUAUGGCAUGAGGCUUGCAUAUAACAAAUAAGGACGGAUGGGGCUGGAUAUGCUUAUUAAAUAUGAUGAAUUAUUGUGAUUGGUGCCAUCCCCUGAAGAACUAUACUGUGGAGGAGGGAUGAAGAUGCUGACCAGCCAAAUUUCAUACAUUUAACGAUCUACUGUACUCAUUAUAAGGGUUAUACAAAUAUACAGAACAUAUAUUUAAAAUGUGAAUAUCAAAUAUAUACAAGGUUGAUGAUACUGACAUUGGAGAGGCGUAGAGCAGGGGUGUCCAGUCUCAUCCAAAAAGGGCUGGUUUUUAUUGUAAUCCAGUACUAAUACACCUGAUGCAACUAAUAAAAUUCUUCAAUGAAGACUGUGAUUAGUUCAUUAGUUUAAUCGAGUGUAGUUGUUCUGGGCUAGAACAGAGAGGAAUAUAAGUAUGAGAGAUGAAACUUCCUGGAUUUCACUUAAUUAUUGCAUUCUGUUUGAAUAUUCAUGUAAAUAUUCAUAUCAGGAUUGUUUUAUGUCAAGAUAAAACAUAUGUCCAUUAUGUUUCCAGGUGAUAUACAGUCUGACCACAAGUUACAUUAUAACAUGGCUGCUCUUGUCAGUACCUCCUCCUAGUUGGAAUAAAAGGCAGCACCCACCCCAGCCCUUUUUGGGUAAGACCGGACACCCCUGGAGAAGACGAGAUGUAUAAACAUAUAGGCUUUUGGCAGAUAUCGAGAAAUAAUGAGAUAACGUAUUUAAUAUAAUUAAUAUUAGAUAUAUCCCUGUGUUUUGAAUGGUUCCUUUGAAUAAGAGUGUUUGACGGGUGUACGGGCUGUUUCGCUGACCACAUUAACUUCAUUAAUGAGUGCGCCCACACUCCGGGGCCUCCUUUGUGAGUAAUGGAUAUUAAUAGUGUUGUGAUUGUAGCACAUUAACUGUAUAAAUGUACACAAGGGAGAGAAAAGAGCUAAAAAUAUAUAAAAAGUCUAAAUGAAGCCUACGGGUCAAAAUGACGCUGUUGACUUGCUGUAAAUAAUAAAGACCUGAUCUGUAUCGAAGGUGAACCUGGCUGUACUGACAAAGAAUAAAAUACCUAGUACCUGUA